AUGCAAGAUAUCAAAGAAAUGUCGAAUUCUAUCAGAGAACUAACUGACGACUUCAAAAAACGGCAGGAAAUUCUACUCUCCAAAGCCAAUCUGUAUGAGGAAAUUCUACUCACCAAAUCCGAUCCACAGGAGGAGAAAGAAUCCCCAGAGAAAAAUGCGGUUUGCUGUUUUGAUACCAAAGACGCGUUGGGAAACAAUGAUGACACCAUUUUCAUCAAGGGGUUUGAAUAUCUGCGCACUAGGGAAGAACUCAAGAGACUGUUGAGCAACAUAUUCGGUUCAUGUGGAGAGAUCACCAGGGUUUAUGUUCCCAUAGAGUGUGAAACUCGUUGUCCAUUGGGAUUUGCUUUUAUUAACUUUAAAAAUGGCAAAGACAAUGACAAGGCGUUGGCAUUGAACGGAUGUUUCUUUGAAGGAAGGAAGCUAGAGGUGACGAUGGGUACAAAAAGAGAAGAAUUCUAUGGCUUUACUAACUUUAUUGGGUGUGCUCGUUGCAAAUACAUUAAUUUACCUCGGCCGAGUGAAACUGGGUACCAGGACUGGUGA